AUGGAGAUGUCGAAGUCUGAUUAUAUACUUGUUACUGGUGGCGCUGGUUAUAUCGGCUCUCAUACUGUGGUCGAAUUAAUCAACCAUGGCUACAACGUGGUUAUAGUUGAUAACCUUGUUAAUUCCAGUUAUGAUGCUGUUGCUAGGGUUGAAUUUAUUGUCAAAAAGUCUAUCUCAUUUCACAAGGUUGAUAUAAGGGAUUAUGAAGGCAUGACCGAAGUCUUCAAGAAGUACAAAAUUAGAGGUGUGAUUCAUUUUGCUGCAUUGAAGGCUGUAGGUGAGUCGACAAAAAUUCCAUUAACUUACUAUGAUAACAACGUUCAUGGAACACUUAACUUACUCAAGGUUAUGCAUGAAAACUCUGUUAAGACUAUAGUUUUUAGUUCUUCAGCUACCGUUUAUGGUGACGCGACACGAUUUGAGAAUAUGAUUCCAAUUCCCGAGCAUUGUCCUAAUGAUCCAACGAAUCCUUAUGGUAAAACUAAGUAUAUUAUUGAAAAUAUAUUGAAGGAUAUACAUAGUAGCGAAAGUGGGUGGAGAUGUGCAAUAUUGAGGUACUUUAAUCCUAUUGGAGCCCAUCCAACUGGAUUAAUUGGCGAGGAUCCCCUAGGAAUACCUAAUAACUUGUUACCAUAUUUGGCUCAAGUUGCCAUUGGUAGGAGAGAGAAGCUUUCAAUCUUUGGUAAUGAUUAUGAUAGUCAUGAUGGCACACCUAUCAGAGACUAUAUUCACGUUGUAGAUUUGGCUGAAGGGCAUAUUUCGGCUUUAAACUAUUUAUCAUCUUUGGAGAGUGGUACUGGACUUUUCAGAGAAUGGAAUUUAGGAACAGGAAAAGGUUCAACGGUAUUCGACGUUUAUCAUGCUUUCUGCAAGGCAGUUGGACGGCAGCUACCUUAUGAGAUUGUUGGGAGGCGAGCUGGAGAUGUCCUAAAUUUGACAGCUGAUCCUAGGAGGGCUAAUAAAGAGUUAAGAUGGAAGCCGCAAUUCACAAUCGAAGAUGCAUGCAGAGACUUAUGGAAAUGGACCACUGAAAAUCCAUUUGGGUAUCUGAUAAAGGGUUAUGAUUGGAUGCCGUUCAACGAUUAUGAAAAUCGAUUACACACCGUUAAGAUCGGCAAGUUGGGUGUUUCCAUCGCUAAUUAUGGAUCCCUUGUUCAAGAUAUUGCUUUCGAGAAUCAAUCGUUGAUAAAUAACUUCACCGAGAGCGAGGAUUACAAAGAUGAAUCCAACCCUUUAUUUGGUGCGACUGUUGGUCGCUAUGCAAACAGGAUUAUUGACGGAACUUUUACAAUAAAUGGUACAGAGUAUCUGACAUCCAAGAAUGAGGGUGACAACACACUACACUCAGGUUACAAUGGUUUUAAUAAGCAAUAUUUUUUGGGGCCAGUCGUGAAGCAAAAGAAGGAUUCAGUUACCUUACAAUUUAUUCUUAUCGACAAAGAUGGAAAUGAUGGCUUUCCAGGUAAUUUGGAGACGACCGUCAAAUAUGAGGUGUCCUCCGAUUCUCUUGGAAUUGAAUAUGAAUCUCGCUUAGUAGAUGACUCGUUGGCGUCUAUAACACCAAUAAACUUAACUAACCAUACUUAUUUCAACUUAUCUGGAAGGGAUACCAUAGAUGGAACCAAAGUUAAGUCUGUAACUAAUCGUCACUUGAUGUUAGAUAGAGAUGCAAAAGUUCCUACUUCUCAAAUCGUUGAAUGUGAUAAAGAUUUGUCAAAAGGUAUUGUUUUGACAGAGGAUGACAUUUUCGAUUACUGCUUUAUUGUAAAUGAGAACAAUAAUAAGCUCGAUACGAGAAAUCUUGCCUUAAAAGAUGUAUUUGAAGCUGAAGUUCUGAACUUGAAGGUUGUCUUUUCUACUACUGAGCCAUCUUUUCAGUUUUACACCGGUGAUUACACCAAUACCAAGGGAUAUGGAUCUAGAAGUGGCUUCUGUAUUGAACCUUCCAGAAUAGCGAACGCCAUCAACGUUGAUAAAUGGAAAUCGCUGGUUUCCUUGCAUAAAGGAGAAAUCUAUGGCUCCAAAAUAAAAUAUACUUUUAGUAAGUAA